GUCAUGAUGACCUCAGUCACCUCACGCGUCUCCAGACUCCCAGACUCCCAGUAAUGAUGACAUUGAUUGAUGCAAGCUAUGCUAUAUAACUCGCGAUGUUCCUCUGUUUUGCGCUCCAAUCGCGAUGACAGAACAAGUAUUCCGCCUUAUUCCCGCAACACAGAACUAUCCAUGGGGGAAGAAAGGGAGCAGUUCACUGGUAGCUCAGCUCGCUGACGGCUCAGGUAUACCAGAUUUCAAGAUAAAUGAAUCAAAUUCAUACGCAGAGAUGUGGAUGGGCACUCACCCAAACGCGCCAACACGAGUUCAUGGCACCAAACAGCUGCUCUCAGAGCAUCUCGCAGCCCACCCAGAACUCGUCGGAGAAUCUGUAAUCAAGCGGUUCGGCUUAGAAAACGGACAGAUUCCAUUCUUGUUCAAAAUCUUGUCUUUCGACAAGGCACUCCCCGUGCAGAUUCAUCCUGAUAAGCACACCGCGGAACACGUACACUCAGAAAAUCCCAGGGCGUGCGUAGACUCGAACCAUAAAAAAGAAAUGGCUCUAGCUCUUUCAAAUUUCAGCGCUCUCUGCGGUUUCCUCCCAACAUCUCGAAUAUCCGAGUUCCUCGCCUUCGUCCCAGAGUUCGCCUCUCUCUUCCCAGCCGAUAUCAAAGCACGCUUCGCAUCAGGGGCAUGUUCACCUGACGAAUCAGGGCGCGAAGCAGCCCUCAAAGACUUGUUAUCAUGCUAUGCACAGAUAGAUAAGGCAGAAGCUGCGGCGCAACUCAAACGUCUCGUAGAGAGGUAUCAAGCCGGAAAAGAAUCAGACGAAGAAAAGGAUACAAAAUCGCUCGUUUUGCAGUUGCAUAAUAUGUACCCCAAUGACAGCGACGUCUUCUGCGCUUUCAUACUCAACCACUUCAACUUGAAGCCUGGACACGCAUUCUCCGUUACCGCCGGAGAGCCCCACGUAUACAUCACAGGAGACAUAAUCGAAUGCAUGGCAACGUCUGACAACACCAUCACCCUUGCUUCCUCUCCCCCAUCCCACCUCGACUUCCUCUCAAACGUCGCAUACAGCCCAACCCCAGGCAAAACCUUGAUCCAACCCACCAUGUUCACCCGUGGGAGCACAUCCACGGCUGGAUCGCUCCUUUACAACCCGCCCAUCAACGAACUAGCAGCGAAAGGAGGUGUCGAGAGCCAUCGUGAGCUGAGAGGGCCGAGUAUUGCUGUUGUGGUUGAGGGCGAGGGGACAGUGAUGUGGGCGGAGGGGGCGAAGAGGUUGGGAUUGGGGAAGGGGCAGGUCGUAUUCAUCGCUGCGGGGACGGAGGUUAAGUAUUCGGCAUUUGAGACGGCGUUUAAGCUUUAUAGGGCUUUUGUGGAAGUUGCUUAG